AUGGAAGAUUUUGCAGAUGAGAUUGCAAAGCUUUGUAUAGAUAAAAUGUAUAUAAAACUUGGUAAAUCUGGUAAACCAACAGAGACAGAAUGGACUGUAUUGUCGGGUAUAGUAUUAAGGAAAGGUGAUGGUUUAUUAUCUUUAGUAGCUCUUGCGACUGGAACAAAGUGUUUAGGAGAAAUAGAUUUAAUAAAUACAGAAUUAUAUAAGGAUGGUUGUAGAUUAAAUGAUUCUCAUGCAGAAGUUUUAGCCAGAUGUGCCUUUUUAAGAUAUUUAUAUGAACAGAUUAAUUUAUUGCUUGAUGGUACUAAAAGCGAUGUUUUUACAAUGGACAAUAAGAAAAAACUUAAACUGAACAACGGAAUAUCAUUCCAUUUUUUCACAAGCCAAACAUUGUGUGGAGAUUGUUCUAUAUUUCCAAAAAAUGAGUUCUGUGAAAAUGAUACACCACCAAUGAAAAUACGAAAACAUGAUGAUGCAGGAGAAGUAAUCAUGGAAUCAUAUAAUGAUAAAAAGGAACAGAUGAUCAAAGACAUUUAUAGAACGGGUGCAAAAUGGGUUAAAACUGAAGAAUACCAAGAUCCUCAUCUAGCUGGGGUGAAUUAUCAUGUGAUUGGACCAUUGCGUGCUAAACCAGAAAGGGGUAAUCCAACUCUUAGCUUGUCUUGUUCUGACAAAAUGGCAAAGUAAAUAAAACUGGUUAUCGAGUAAUGGCAAUUAAUCAUACUUCGCAGAGUGCAUUGACAUGAAUACGUCACUAGAAAUAAAACGUCGACGUGUUAAUGUUUAGAGACGCGGUAGCGUCUCGACGUCAACUACAUGAAAAAUUAUACGCUGCCGCGUAUACCUGGCGCUGGCGCUACCGCGUAUCUUUUACUCGUAAACCGGCUAUUCCAACCUAACCAGAAAUUUCUUUCAUUAAGUAAA